GUGCAGAAAUUAUAUUUUUAAUUUUCUAUUAUAUAUGUUUUUUUAUUUUCAGAUACGAUGCCAGUUCAAUGUUUUAUUUGUGAUGUAAUAUUGCGCGGGAAACGAACACGUGUAUGUUUAAGCUUUACACCAUAUACUUAUGUAUCAUAUCCAGAAAAGAUUGGAGAACUGUUGGGAGAAGAAUUUGUUAUUAUUGUCACGCCUGCGGAUUACAUGUGCAUGAAAUGUACAUCCAUUCUCAAUCAUACGGACAAGCUGGAAAAUGAUGUGAAACUUCUUAAAAAUGUAUUAUUAACCAACGUACAAAAGAAAUACAGAAUGUUGCCUGCUGAUCAGCCUGAACAUUCUUCUAGUGUUGGUGGAAGUGAUGCUCCAACUAAAAUAAGAAAAGUCCCUUCAAAUAAUCAAAUAUACAAAUGCCAUAUGUGUCCUUUCCGAUCUAAAAACCUUGGUGACCGUCGUAACCAUGUAAUGCAUAAUCAUUCAAAACAGAAAGCAAAUGAAAAACAAACUGUGACAAAAGCAGUAACCCAGGAACAGACAACAGAAGUUACUUUGGAAGAAACAGCAUCAGUAUUCCAACUACACAGUAAACUGAAUUCUAUGAAGAAUCAGCAGGUCGCGUUCACAAAUGAGGAUAAAAAUACGAUGGCAGUUCAAUGUUUUAUUUGUGAUGUAAUAUUACGGGGGCAGCAAACACGUGUAUGUUCAAGCUUUACACCAUAUACUUAUGUAUCAUACCCAGAAAAGAUUGGAGAACUGUUGGGAGAAGAAUUUGUUAUUAUUGUCACGCCUGCAGAUUACAUGUGCAUGAAAUGCUCAUCUCUUCUCAAUCAUACGGACAAGCUGGAAAAUGAUGUGAAACUUAUUAAAAAAUUAUUAUUAACCUACGUACAAAAGAAAUACCGAAUGUUGCCUGCUGAUCAGCCUGAACAUUCCUCUAGUGCUGCUGGAAGUGAUGCUUCAACUAAAAUAAGAAAAGACCCUUCAAAUAAUCAAAUAUACAAAUGCCAUAUGUGUCCUUUCCAAUCUAAAAACUUUGGUGAACGUCGUAACCAUGUAAUGCAUAAUCAUACAAAAAAGAAAGGAAAUGAAAAACAAACAUUGACAAAAGCAGUAAUCCAGGAACAGAAACAACAUAAAACCAACCAUCAACUGAACAAAGACAAUAUCCCAGAUGAAUUCUCUGAAGUUCCAAAACAAGAGACGCAUAAUAUUUCUGAAAAAGCAAUUGGAGGCGGUGAGACAGGAACAGACAAUUUAAACAUUUAACUGAUUUUGCCUGCCAUUCCUAAUGAUGAGCAUCGAAUGUGCGGUAAAUAGCA